GGAUAUCCGUUGCUAGGGGGCGGAAGCGGCUGGCGGUGUUGAUACUAGAGUGAAGCAGCAGUGGAGGGAUGACGAACUGCGGGAGAAGAUAAAGCGAUUAGGCGAGCGGAGGAUAGCAGUGUGACGGAGACGGCCCCGUGACGGGCGGACAUGAGAUAGCGGAGUGGCUGAGGUUGAGCCUCAGAAGAGAUUAGCAUUGCCCGGAGGUGAGAUAAUGAACCCAUUCUGGAGCAUGUCAUCGGCUUCUGUACGGAAGAAACUGGACAAUGAGGAGAAGAUUGUAACGGGCGACCAGAAAAUCAGCCCCCCUCGCUCCUCCUCCAGCAAGAAGCAGCUUCCCUCCAUACCGAAGAAUGCAGUCCCCAUCACCAAACCCAUCUCUCCGGCCCCUGCGGUGCAGUCCACUAAUGGCACCCAUGCGUCCUACGGGCCGUUCUACCUCGAGUAUUCCCUACUGGCAGAGUUUACUCUGGUUGUGAAGCAGAAGCUUCCGGGUGUCUACGUGCAGCCGUCGUAUCGCUCUGCUCUAAUGUGGUUUGGUGUGAUCUUCAUCAGACAUGGCCUCUACCAGGACGGCGUUUUUAAAUUCACAGUGUACAUCCCUGACAACUAUCCCGACGGGGAGUGUCCGCGCCUUGUCUUUGACAUCCCCGUCUUCCACCCUCUCGUGGAUCCCAUCUCCGGCGAACUGGAUGUAAAAAGAGCGUUUGCAAAGUGGAGGAGAAACCACAACCAUGUAUGGCAGGUGCUCAUGUACGCCAGGCGGAUCUUCUACAAGAUAGACACGAGCAGCCCUUUGAACCCAGAAGCUGCAGUGCUAUAUGACAAAGAUGUUCAGCUGUUUAAGAGCAAAGUGGUAGACAGUGUUAAACUAUGCAACAGCCACUUAUUCGACCAGCCGAAAAUAGAAGAUCCCUAUGCAAUUAUGUUUUCCCCCUGGAAUCCUGCACUACACGAUGAAGCCAGAGAAAAAAUGUUGGCACAAAAAAGGAAAUCUGAGGAGCAGAAUAAAAGCCUCCAUGCUACUGGUCUGUCCUGGGUGAAGCCCGGAUCUGUCCUUCCGUUCAGUAAAGAGGAGAACACUCUGCAGACCUAACGCCGGCUGCUCUCAAAGCGGAAAAGGGGGCGACCAGUGGACUCCAGCUCUUAACGAUGGCUUUGACUAUAUGGAAGAAGACGGGGUCUGUCUUACUUUCCUCCAUUAAAGAGCAGGCUUUCAGUUUUUACCUUGCGGAUCUCCAACCAGGAUUUUAACCUCAUCUGGAACCGAUGUGUUUCAUAUCAAUUUUAUUUUUAAUCCCUGCGCUCCUGGAUGGCGGAGGAGAAGCUGAAUGUUAGCAGAAGGGUGGGGUCUGCAUUUGCGGGAUCCUGCUGAGCCCCCCAGGAAUUGCAUGCACGCUUCGGCUUCUUUCUGCAGAGCUUUUUGGCAAUGAGCGAGAUGUUUGCCCCUUUAUUGGAUGCACCUGCGGGAUUGGAUAGGGGUUGUGAUGAACUAGACACUACAUAUAUCUGACGUCUGUAGGAUAAUGGUUUUAAUAAUGCCUUUCUUUUGUCGUGUAAAUACAGUUAGAAUAUUAAAAUUGUAAAUACCAUGUUUGAUAACUCCACAUCUAGCACUUUUUUUUUUUUUGUGAAGGGGGGAGGUUUGGAAAUUGACGUCUUACAGAGCACCCGGGGACGGACAUGUUUGUGAGCGGAACCAAGGUCUGCACUGUUGUAGCGAGUGAUCAGCUGCUGGCUCCACCCACAAAAUGGCUGCUCCCAGUGUGCAUGGAUUAAUGGGUUGCUUUAUUGGGUGAAGGGGUACACGGCAGUACCUGUCACACAAGCACACAUCAGUCCUGGUGAGAGGAAUAGGGAAUGUUAUAUUUUUAUUUUUUCCUUUUAAUCACUUGUGUUUUAUGUUCAUUCAAUAAACGGAAACAUUUGUUGCCAUUGCUGCUUGA